AUGGCAGAUACAUUAUCUUCAGGAGUAAAGCAAGCCAUCGAAGUAUAUACGAAGGAUACAAAGGCAUGGUUUGAAGAUGAAGAUGAGGCUUGGGUAUCUGCUUCCGUGAUUUCCAAGCAAGAAACAUCUAAUGGCAUUAAAAUUAUAUUUCAAGAUGAUAAAGAUGAAGAAAGAGAACAUGUAUUUGAAAGCACAUUUGCUCUAUUGGAGAAAACAAAAGGCGCCAAUUUACCACCUUUAAGGAAUCCACCUCGUCUAGAAAAUACAGAAGAUUUAACUAAUUUGAGUUAUUUAAAUGAGCCUUCAGUUCUAAACACAAUUCGUACACGUUACUUUCAACGUAACAUAUACACUUAUUCUGGUAUCGUCUUAAUUGCUGCUAAUCCUUUUGCUAAUGUUCCACUUUAUGAGCCUGAUAUCAUCCAGCAAUAUUCAGGUAGACGACGUGGUGAACUAGAACCUCAUUUAUUUGCUAUUGCUGAAGAUGCUUAUCGUUGUAUGGUCCGCGAAAAAAAGAAUCAAACUGUGGUUGUGUCAGGUGAGAGUGGUGCGGGUAAAACAGUGAGUGCAACACAUAUUAUGAGAUAUUUUGCUACGGCUGAUGAUAAGGAGUCCGGAAAAAUGAAAGAUACAUCUCAGGGAAUGACAGAAGUAGAAGAGCAAAUUAUGGCCACAAACCCUAUUAUGGAAGCAUUUGGUAAUGCUAAAACAACAAGAAAUAAUAACAGUUCGAGAUUUGGUAAAUACAUUGAGAUUCAAUUUGAUGGUAAAAAUAACAUUGUGGGCGCCAAAAUCAGAACAUAUCUUUUAGAAAGAUCAAGAUUAAUUUUCCAGCCUGAAACGGAAAGAAAUUACCACAUUUUUUAUCAGCUUUGUUCAGGUGCACCAAGCAAUGAAAGAAAAAAUUUAGAAUUAAAUGAUUGGAGUAAAUUCCAUUAUCUUAACCAAAGUGGUGUGGGCACAAUCCCCGGCGUUGAUGACGCUGUUGAAUUUGAGCUUACUCAGAAAUCACUUUCUCUUGUGGGUAUUGCUGUCGAAUCUCAAUGGCAUAUUUUUAAAUUAUUAGCAGCUCUCCUACAUAUCGGUAACAUUGAAAUUACGGGACGCAAUGAUAAUGUUACUCUAGAUGAAAAACAGCCUGCUUUAGUCACCGCCACACACCUCUUAGGCAUCAAAAGUAGUGACUUCCGCAAGUGGCUCAUUCAAAAACAAAUUGUAACACGUAAUGAUAAGAUCGUAAAAAAGCUCAAUCCAUUACAAGCCACUGUUGUUCGAGACUCUGUUGCUAAGUAUAUCUAUGCUAAUCUCUUUGAUUGGCUUGUUAAAGUCGUCAAUGACUCCCUCUCCUGUAAUGAUGCUAGCCAAAUUCAAACUUUUAUUGGCGUUCUUGAUAUUUACGGUUUUGAACAUUUUAAAAAGAAUUCCUUUGAGCAAUUUUGUAUCAAUUAUGCUAAUGAAAAGCUCCAGCAGCAAUUUAAUCAACAUGUUUUUAAGCUUGAACAGGAAGAAUAUGUGAAGGAAAAGAUUGAUUGGAAAUUUAUCGAGUUUAGUGACAAUCAAGGAUGUAUUGAAGUAAUUGAAUCUAAAUUAGGUGUACUAUCAUUGUUAGAUGAGGAGUCAAGAAUGCCGUCGGGCACUGACCAAGGAUUUUGUAAUAAGCUUUAUGCAUCAUUUGGCGAUAAUAGCAAGUACCAAAAGUAUUUUAAGAAACCUAGAUUUUCAAAUAGUGCAUUUAUUAUCUGUCAUUAUGCGCACGAUGUUGAGUAUGAUGCAGAAGGGUUUUUAGAUAAAAAUAAAGAUACAGUACCUGAUGAAAUGUUAGCUGUAUUGCAGAAUUCAGAAUCAAAGUUUUUAGUUGAAAUGUUACAGACAGCUACAGAAGCUGCAACAAGUCAAGAAGUGAAGCCUGCACCUGUUAAAAAAAUGGGCAUGGCAAUUGCCAAAAAACCCACAUUGGGCUCUAUUUUCAAGCUUUCGUUAAUUAACUUGAUGGAUACGAUCAAUAACACUAAUGUACAUUAUAUUCGGUGUAUCAAACCAAACGAAGCUAAGGUUGCUUGGGGCUUUGAACCCAAUAUGGUUCUUUCACAGUUAAGGGCAUGUGGUGUAUUAGAAACCAUUCGAAUUAGUUGUGCAGGUUAUCCAUCUCGCUGGACUUUUGAAGAUUUUGCUGACCGUUUCUAUGCCCUUGUCAACUCUAAAUAUUGGGAUCCAAAUCUGAACCCAGAUAUUCACCAGCUCUGUCGUGUUAUCUUGGAGAAAUAUAUCCCUGAUACUGACAAAUAUCAAGUAGGUUUAACAAAGAUUUUCUUUAGAGCAGGCCAGUUGGCUUAUCUUGAAAAAUGUCGUCGAGAACGAUGGGAUCAAUGUACAAUUCUUUUACAAAAGAAUAUGCGACGUUUUAUUGUACGUAUAAACUACCUAAGAAAGUUAGAAUUGAUUCAAAGACUGCAACGGGUGGCAAGACAAAAGUAUGGUAAACGAAAAUUAGAAUUGGCAAAACAAAACAAGGCUGCUAUCAAGAUUCAAACAUGUUGGAGACGAUAUUCACAGCGCCAGAAAUAUUUAAAACAAAGAGAUGUAAUAAUAAGAUUCCAAGCUACUGCAAAAGCUCAUUUGACACGCAAAUCAUUCGCUCAUUUGCGACAACAUUUUGCAGCAAUCAAGAUUCAGGCAUUAUUGAAAGGCUGGAAGGUACGAUCUGAGUUUUUAAGAAAGCGAAAGGUGAUUACAGGAUUGCAAACAGCUAUACGAUGUCGACUAGCAAAGCAAGCAUUGAUCGUACUCAAGCAGGAAGCACGAUCAGCGAACCAUUUCAAGGAAGUUUCAUAUAAAUUGGAAAGUAAAGUAGUUGAAUUGACACAAAGCGUAACACGCUAUAAAGAAGAAAAGGAUCAGUUGCGUGUGCGUGCUGAUCAAUUGGAGCAGCAGGUGGUAUCGUGGUCACAACGAUACGAGCAAUUAGAUGCACGAGCUAAAGACCUUGAAUUUUCACUUAGCAAUGCUUCAUCAACAGAGGAGCUUGAAACUAUUAAGGAUGAACGUGAUCGACUUGAAUCUGACUAUCAACAUUCUUUGGAACGUAUUAAAAAGCAAGACCAAGAGAUUGAACGACUUCAGCUGGACCUGGCAAAACAAAAGGAGGAAAUAGCCAAGCUUGUAAAACAACAAACCAGUAGAUCUACUGCAGAUACAGGUGAUGAGGAUGUUACAGAACUUAAGAACCAGAUCGUGGCACUUAAGGCACAAUUAUCACAGUCAUUGAAAAAUAAUCAUCCUAAGCGACAAGGAUCAGUAUAUCGUGCGCUAUCACCACAAAGACGUAUUUCACCAUCACCUGACGCACGAAGAGGACGUUCACCUGGUUCUUUAGCAGUACGACGACAUAGUAGUACUGUUACUUCGCCUAUCAAAGUUGUAUAUGCUGAGCCAGAGCAAAUGAUACCCAAAUCUGAUCGUACCAUGCCAUUUGCCAACCAUCAAGAACAGUCAAAUGCAGAAGAAGCUCUUAAUACUCUCUUAAAUAAUAAUAGUGAUAUAUUGGAACAGGAGGUUAUUGAUGGUUUACUAGAGUCUUUAAAGAUCGUGCCACCAGACACUCAGAAGCAGCCUCCCAAGCAAGAAGUUGUGUUUGCUGUACACAUUAUUGCCCAGGUUGUGACACAAAUGUGGCGAUCUGGUUAUUUAAUAGAAUCAGAACGCCUUUUAUUUAGAGCAAUGGACACGAUACAAAAGGAUUGCUUAUCGUUCAUGGCGGAAGACACAAUUGUACCCUGUGCUUAUUGGUUAUCAAACACACAUGAAUUAUUGUCAUUAGUGUAUUCGAUAGAACAGGAGCUUGAACGCGAAAUGCAUUAUAAUUCAAUUCAUGGACGUCGGGCUGUUGGCUGGCAUGAUUUCGAAAAACUAGUGUCUACAAUAAAAUUCGAGCUCCAAUGCUUAGAAGAUAAUAUUUAUCAUCAUUGGCUCUCUGAACUUAAGAAGAAGUUAAAUAAGAUGGCGAUACCAGCAGUAAUUGAGAGUCAAUCAUUACCCGGAUUUAUGACUAAUGACUCAACCCGAUUUUUUGGCAAGAUUUUAUUGAAUAAUCAAGCAACCUAUUCCAUGGAUGAUUUGUUAAACUUUUUAAAUCGAGUCUGGCAUACAAUGAAGGCGUAUUAUGUAGAGCUGUAUGUAAUCGAACAAGUAUUAACAGAGUUAUUAAGAUUAAUUGGUGUGACAACCUUUAAUGAUUUAGUGAUGAGGCGAAACUUCAAUUCAUGGAAACGAGCUAUGCAAAUUCAAUAUAAUAUUACUCGUUUAGAAGAAUGGUGUAAAGCACAUGAUGUAGCAGAAGCUACAAAUCAACUCGAGCAUUUAAUGCAGGCUACAAAAUUAUUACAACUUAAGAAGGCUACAUUAGAGGAUAUUAAGAUUAUUUAUGAUGUUUGUUGGUUCCUCGCACCAACGCAAGUACAAAAAUUAAUUCAAAAUUAUUGUGUAGCAGAUUAUGAGGAUCCUAUAAGUAAUGAUAUUUUGAGAGCAGUUGCAUCUCGUGUGAGUAGUGGUGAUGCAGGCGACAUCUUAUUACUAGAUAAUGUUUCUAUUGAAGAUAGUGAUUAUGACCCACCUGAACCACAUAAUGUUGUGGCUAAUUCAUAUAUUCCUAGCUAUUUAAAUUUGCAGCAUGUUCAGCAAUUAAUUUCUUUAGUCAAUUUGGCUCGAAAGAAUAAGUCACAACGCAUGGAUUCUCUAACAUUUGCAUAA